CGACGGUGCGGUCGCGCGCGCGAUGACGACGCGCGCGAUGACGACGACCGGGACGGCGAUGACGAUGACCGGGACGACGGCGCUUCGACAUCGACAUCGACGUCGACGUCGACAUCGACAUCGUCGCGGUGUCGGUGCUGUUCGCGUCGCGACGCACGCGCGAGAGACGUGGGCGUCGGAGACACCGUCGACGAGCGGACGAGACGAGCGCGAGCGCGAUCGUCGUCAUCACGCGAUGUCCGCGCGCGGACGGCGUCGACGCGACGCACCGCGAGCUCGAGCGACGGGGACGGGGACGGAGACGGGGACGGAGACGGAGCGGGACGACGAAGGCGGCGAGGACCGAGGCAAAGGCGAGGACGAAGGUGCGAUCGAUCCCGCGACGGCGAGAUUGCUUUUAUUUUGUGUGCCAUUGUUGUGGGCCACGUACGCGCCCGCGCUGCGCUACGUGUUCGUUUCGGAGACACCGCCUGGUUCGGCGGCGCUUUCGCUCGCGCGCAUCGGCUUGGCGCAGUUGCCGUUCGUUCCGGCGCUGCUCUCGACGAUGGAGCGAUCGAAAUCGGCGCGCCCAGGGGAAAAAGUCGAGGCCGAUCGCGCGAUUAGCGCCGCAGUCGAGCUCGGGUUGUUCAACGCCCUCGGAACGUCGUUACAGGCGUGGGGAUUAGAGCAUACGUCGUCGACGCACAGCGGCUUCAUCAUGGGCUCGGUCAACGUCCUCGUUCCGGCGCUCGCCGUGCUUCAGGGCGAUAGAGUGAGUCGAGAGACGUGGGCGGCGUGCUUGAUGACAUUCGUCGGCGUACUCGUGAUCGGCUUGGAUUCAGUCUCGAGCGGUGACGGUACGACGGCGUCGGAGUUGGCCGUGCAAGGUGACGGCGCGGCGUUUGCGUCGGCGGCGUGUUACGCGGCGCUGACGCUGCGCGCGGGCAAGUACGCCAAGGAGUUCAGUGCUUCGGAGUUGAUGGGUACGAAGACGUUGGUCAUGCUGAUGUUCAUGGGUACGUGGUAUGCACGCACUGUUUUCGGCGGUGGAUCCGCCGAAGACGCGUCGUUUGCGUUUUUAGCUUCGCCCAUCGUCGCCGCCGCCGUCGUGUACAGCGCCUUCAUCCCGGGCGCGUUGGCGAAUUACAUUCAGUUGAAAGGACAGGCGGGCGUGUCGGCGUCUGAGGCACAAGUCAUUUAUGCGAGCACCCCCGCGUUCAACGCUCUGGUGUCCGUGUUGGCGCUCGGUGAGACGCUCACAAAGUCAACGAUAAUCGGAGGCGCAGUGAUUCUCGUCGCGUCGCUCGCCUCAUUCUUCGUCGACGAAGAGGCCGACGAAGAGGUGGACAAGGGGUCGUAGUGUUUCGAAGUUAGUUGGCCACGCGCUCG